AUGUCUCGAGCAGGUCCGGAAAGGAUUCCUGACGUUGCCAACCCAUCCCUAGGACAAGCGUCUGAUGUGGAAAAGCAGAGAGAACCGAGUUUACCAGAUGUGGCCCAAUGCAAGCAAUCUGCGUUCAAAAAUCUCGGGAUACUCGACCGAUUCCUUGCUUUGUGGAUCUUCCUCGCCAUGGCAAUUGGAAUCAUUCUUGGUAACUUUGUAUCUAACACCGGGCCUGCGUUGCAAAAAGGGAAAUUUGUAGGGGUCUCCGUCCCAAUUGCUAUCGGCCUUCUUGUCAUGAUGUACCCCAUUCUAUGCAAAGUUCGAUAUGAGAGCCUGCAUUCUGUUUUCCGGACACGUCAGAUUUGGAUACAGAUUGCCUUUAGCAUAUUUGUCAAUUGGAUUAUAGCCCCGUUCUUCAUGUUGGCAUUGUCUUGGGCGUUUCUGCCUGAUGAGCCAGAGCUGCGGCAGGGGCUGAUCCUGGUUGGACUGGCUCGGUGUAUUGCUAUGGUCUUAAUCUGGACAGGAUUAGCAGGAGGAGACGGUGAAUACUGUGCCAUCCUCGUUGCUGUCAACUCGAUCCUCCAAAUGGUUUUAUUCGCCCCUAUGGGGGUCUUUUUUAUUCGAGUUAUCAGCGGCGAUUCCGUCGCAUUUGAAUAUGAUACUGCCGCGAAAAGUGUGGCUGUGUUCCUUGGGAUCCCGUUAGGCGCCGCAAUCCUCACGCGCUUCACUCUUCGAUGGGUUGCAAGCCCAAGAUGGUAUGAUGAAGUCUUCCUGAAGUGGGCCAGCCCAUGGUCAUUGAUCGGUCUCUUGUUCACCAUCCUGGUGCUGUUCGCUUCUCAAGGCCGCCAAGUGGUGCAUCAGAUCGUCUCCGUUGUCCGGGUUGCGGCUCCUCUUAUUGUUUACUUCGCCGUCGUAUUUUUCGCGACACUAUUUAUCACAUAUAAGAUGGGGUUUGGGUAUAGGUUGGCGGUAACACAGAGUUUUACUGCAGCUAGCAACAAUUUUGAGCUGGCUAUCGCUGUUGCUGUUGCGACAUUUGGAGCGGACAGCAACCAGGCUCUUGCAUCCACAGUGGGGCCACUAAUUGAGGUCCCAGUGCUGUUGGGACUUGUCUACGCCGUGAAAGCUGUGGCAAAGCGAUUAGGUUGGAAAGAUUAG